GUUAGUACCCUGCGAUCGGAACAGAGCUCAACAAAGACGAUGCUCGACCGGGAGAGGUCAGCCGCUGCCAUCGCUCAGGUCGCCGUCCGAAUUGCCUAGAAUCUGGACGCCGCUGCUUCUCUAUUGCCGAUCACCAUCUUCCUCACUGUUGAGUUUUGAAUUGUUUUAAUCCGCCAAUUAAUUGAGGUAACAGGAACGAUGAAUAAUGAGACGGUCUUGGA